AUGGGUAGCGUGAGGAAUCUUUGUUCUCUUAAAUUUGAAGUUAAAAUCCUGGAAGCGAGAAACGUAGAGCUCAAGUCAUCACCGAGCUCUCUCUUCGUUAGAUUCUAUCUCCAUGCAGGGAGUAACCGUAAGAUAGAACUAAACACUUCAGAGAUAGGUUCAAAGCCAGACAACGAUGUCAUGAUAUGGAACCAGUCGUUCUGUCUGGAGUGCCAAGGCAACGAAACCGCCUUCGAGGAACUGAAGCAAGAAAGCGUUGUUUUCGAGCUAAGGAGAAGGAAAACGACAUCGUUUAUGAGGAAAUGGUCGAGAUCAGAGUUGGUGGGUAGAGGAGAGGUUUCUUGGAAAUCGGUUAUGGAGUCGGAUGGGAUGGAAAUAGAGAGAUUUGUUGUGAUGGGUGAGAUGAAAGAUUGUAAUUCUAAGCCUCUUAUGUUGAAGAUAGCUUUAAAACUUCAAGCUUCAAAGUUGGUGAACACUAAGAGAGUGGAAGAUCUUUGUGGGUGUAGAGAUUGUAACACAUGUAAUUGCUUAGAUUAUGAAGCUUUGGUUGUGGCAUGUGCGUUAGAUGGAUUAUAG